CCAGAAAGUUUUAGUGGAUGGUACACACUUAACUAAAGCACUACGCAUCUCAUAAAGUAUUUCACGUGAGUAGUAACGUGGUUGUUCGUAUUUUUCACGGCAGUUGAGUUUUUACUCCCACCCACCAUUGAAAUGCCCAAUAAUUAUCCUGAUAACUGAGACUCCACCCACCAUCAUCGCCACCACACAAACAACAACAACUCCAUGAAACUAUGUCCGAUGUCCCCAUGCCGCCGGAUGUUCUCGCCCAAAUCCUCUCAUGGCUCCCCGUCUCCUCUCUCCUCCGAUUCAGGUCUGUUUCCAAAAGUUUCCGUGCGCUAAUCGAUAGCGAUUAUGUCAUUAGCCAUCAUUACAAUAAUUCCGUACAAUCAAACUCAAGCGUCAAUCUUAUUUUCGGUGGUGAUAGAAGCUUACACUAUCUUAACUUAGACACAUCUGAUAAAUAUGCUAAUGUGGUUAACAAAAUACAUAACCCUCUGUACUUUGCGAUAUUCGAGACUGUGAUUUUGGGCAGCUGUAACGGCGUCGUUUGUUUGUGCACCACUGAACCGGAUAAUGAAAUUGCGUUUUGGAAUCCAGUGGUCAGGAAGUUUAAGAAGACGCGGUUAUCGCCUGCAAAAUGUUUGGAAGGGGUUGGGAGAGGAGUUUGCGUUAAGGGUUUUGGGUACGACCAUGUGCGUGAUGAUUUUAAGGUUGUGAGAUUGGUUCAGUACGUUGGGUUGUUUAAAGAGCUUGUUUAUUCGAAGAUUGAGGUUUUUAGUUUGAAGACUGAGGCAUGGAGGGAGACCGGGGAUUUUAAUUAUCAUGUUUGUAAUCGGAGGUAUUUGAACGUUUACGUUAAUGGUUGUUUGCAUUGGUUGGUGAGUGAGAAAGCGGAGGUGAAGGAUGAGUUGAUGAUCGCUGCGUUUGAUUUAACGACCGAGGCGGUGAGGUUUGUUCCGAAACCCGAGUUUGUAAACGAGAAGGCGCAGGUUAAUCUUGGUAUUCUCGGAGGGUGUCUUUGUAUGGUGUGUAAUUAUCCAAAAGUCAACGUUGACAUAUGGGUCAUGAAACGUUACGGUGUUAAGGAUUCGUGGAGUAAGUUGAUAUCGACUGAGGAUGUUAAGAUUAUCAGGGAACUGGAUAUGUUGAGGCCGAUAGUGUAUUCUAAAAACGGCCGUGAGGUGCUUUUGGAGAAGAACUUUGAGAGGCUUUACUGGUAUCAUCUUGAGGAUAAGACGGCGAAAAGGUUUAAGGUUGCUGGUAUGCCAAGGUUGUUUGUUACUGAAAUGUUUACGGGUAGCCUUGUUCAGGUGAAGCUGGGUAACGCGUCUCGGAAAGUUGCAAAUAAAGACAAAAAUGAUAACGAGAAUAGGAAAAAGAAAGAUGACUUUUUGUCAAAGGGCUUCAGACUUGUGUUGUAAAGGUAAAAGAUUGGCAACAACUUCAAAAGGAAUCAUAUACAAAGAUGUUAGAGCUUUGCUUUGCUAACAGAGACUAGGGUUUGGUUAGUUGUCUUCAAAUACUUUAAAAGCUUUGAUAUGAUCUGACUGCGUGUUUAAAUGCUAGCUUUAUUUGUUUGUCGCCUCAAAAGUAUACGGUUUUUGCUGAAGUAUCUGCUAAUAAUACACUUCGGGUUGGUUUUUGCAUACAUGUUGAAUGUUGUAACCCUUGCCAUGCAUUUCAGUUGCUUUACUUACAGUGCCGUUGUAUUUUAUAUGGGAGUAUGAAACUAAUGUUUGAUUUGCAUAACUGGGAUUA